AUGACACGUAGCUAUUUUGCGGAGAAUGCCACAUUUCCAGAGAGCUAUUUUCGUCAUCAUUUUCGAAUGAGCAUCAACUUGUUCAAGAAAAUCGCGGAGGAUCUCAAGAAGUACGACAUGUUCUUUGAGCAACGGAGGAGUGUCGCCGGAGAACUAGGGCAUAGUACGGAGCAAAAAAUCACCGAUGUUUUCCGUAUGUUGGCAUAUGGGAUACCAGCUGAUCUAGUUGAUGACCGUUUGGCAAUGGGUGAGAGCCAAGCUAUCAAGUGUGUGAAGCGAUUUGCCGUUACAAUGGUGAAGGUGUUCGGCGAGGUUUAUUUGCGAGUGCCCAAUGAAGCAGAUAUGGCAAGGCUUAUUGAGUUCAACAAGAAUCAUGGAUUUUCAGGAUUUACUUUGGGUGAUACUCCACCGGUUCAGUUUCAAGUCAAUGGGCGCACAUAUAACUUUGGGUACUUCCUAGCUGACGACAUCUACCCAAAAUAG